GUCCAUUUGUCCCCCCAUUCUUUCUCUUAUUAUUCUCUGUCUCACACAAACAAUACAUACAUACAGAUUAUAAUUAUAAUAAUAGAUAGAUAUAGAUAUGGCUUCCACUACACUUCAUUCACGUCUAUCUCCUCAUCAAACUCAUUCACCCGGUGUCACUCGGACCGCCCAUCAGAUCACUGGCAAUUCGCUUACGUGGAGCCGCGCUUUCGCUCCUGACCGCCUUCUUUCCGCUCUCUCUCGUUCUUCUUCCGUUGGAGGAGUUGGAGGGUCUGUAAAGCCACUGAUUACAUGUACUGCUGGGACAACACCAGUAGCAGCAGCAAAUUUGGCACCAGGAACCCCAGUUAGACCAACCAGUAUAAUGGUUAUUGGAGCUACUGGAACGUUAGGAAGGCAGGUGGUGAGGCGGGCACUUGACGAGGGAUAUGAUGUGCGAUGCCUUGUGAGACCUAGACCUGCUCCUGCUGAUUUUCUCCGUGACUGGGGUGCAACCGUUGUGAAUGGAGACCUAACAAAACCUGAAACAAUUCCAGCUACUCUGGUUGGAGUUCAUACUAUCAUUGAUUGUGCCACAGGUCGCCCAGAGGAGCCCAUAAAAACCGUAGAUUGGGAAGGAAAGGUUGCUCUUAUUCAGUGUGCUAAAGCAAUGGGAAUCCAAAAGUAUGUAUUUUUUUCAAUUCAUAAUUGUGACAAGCAUCCAGAAGUUCCAUUGAUGGAGAUCAAGUAUUGUACUGAGAAGUUUCUCCAGGACACUGGCAUAAAUCAUGUUGUCAUUCGGUUAUGUGGUUUCAUGCAGGGGCUCAUUGGGCAGUAUGCUGUGCCCAUAUUAGAAGAAAAAUCUGUAUGGGGAACAGAUGCUCCAACAAGAAUAGCUUAUAUGGACACCCAGGAUAUAGCUCGAUUAACAUUUAUUGCAAUACGGAAUGAAAAGAUUAACGGAAAACUUCUUACAUUUGCUGGACCUCGAGCAUGGACAACACAAGAGGUGAUUACAUUGUGUGAAAGGCUAGCUGGACAAGAUGCAAAUGUAACUACUGUGCCAGUCUCUGUUUUGAAAUUUACUCGGCAGCUAACACGCUGUUUUGAGUGGACAAAUGACGUUGCUGACAGAUUGGCAUUUUCAGAGAUUCUCACAAGUGAUACCGUAUUUUCGGUACCAAUGAACGAGACAUAUCAGCUUCUUGGUGUGGAUCAGAAAGAUAUUCUUACGUUGGAGAAAUAUUUGCAGGAUUACUUUACAAACAUAUUAAAGAAAUUAAAGGACCUCAAGGCCCAAUCCAAGCAAAGUGACUUUUACAUCUAAAAUGGGAAGGUAAGUAAUAAUCUUUGUGUUUGUACAUGGAGUUGUGUUAUUCAAAGACCACAAAUUACUUUGUAACCAACCACAAAAGAGGUUCAAUUUUUUGUAAAUUGUAAUUUUCUUGUUCCAUAUAUUCGGAUUAGGCCAAGAGCAGUGAAUCACCUUUCUCAAGACAGAGCAUGUCACAGAUACCAUGUCAUGAAAACUAUCUUUUAUGUAAAAUGCGAAAGACCAUAUGGCAUCCAAAA